AUGCACGGUGAGAAAUUUCAGAGAACAGAAACCACCUGGGAAGACAUUUAGGGAAAGGAUAAAGAGACUGUUGAUAUAUUUAGGAAACAUAGACUGGGAGGCAUUUAGGAGAGAGACAUAGUGAGCACACAUUUAGGGAAAGAAAGAGAAACUCACGCGCACACACACUUGCACACUCUCAUUAACACAUACACACUGUCACUUGCACACUCUCAUUAACACAUACACACUGUCACUUGCACACUCUCAUUAACACAUACACACUGUCACUUGCACACUCUCAUUAACACAUACACACUGUCACUUGCACACUCUCAUUAACACAUACACACUGUGUCACUUGCACACUCUCAUUAACACAUACACACUGUCACUUGCACGCUCUCAUUAACACACUAACACUGUGUCACUUGCACGCUCUCAUUAACACACUAACACUGUGUCACUUGCACGCUCUCAUUAACACACUAACACUGUGUCACUUGCACGCUCUCAUUAACACACUAACACUGUGUCACUUGUACGCUCUCAUUAACACACUAACACUGUGUCACUUGCACGCUCUCAUUAACACACUAACACUGUGUCACUUGCACGCUCUCAUUAACACACUAACACUGUGUCACUUGCACGCUCUCAUUAACACACUAACACUGUGUCACUUGCACGCUCUCAUUAACACACUAACACUGUGUCACUUGUACGCUCUCAUUAACACACUAACACUGUGUCACUUGCACGCUCUCAUUAACACACUAACACUGUGUCACUUGCACGCUCUCAUUAACACACUAACACUGUGUCACUUGCACGCUCUCAUUAACUCACUAACACAGUGUCACUUUCACGCUCUCAUUAACUCACUAACACAGUGUCACUUUCACGCUCAUUAACACACAUUCUCUCACUGACAUACAUUGCAACUUACACCCUCUCACUAACAUACACACACAGUGUCACUUACACAUUCUCACUAACAGUGUCACUUUCACACUGUCACCAACACACACAAACUCACACCACUUUACAUAAAGUCACACUUUAUUUACACACAGAAAUACAGCAAUUUAACACACACAUAGAAACAAUUACAACCAUUCAUACAAUAAACAAUCCUCCUUAGCCUACCUGGGUGAUGUUAAAAAGAGAAGGGGACUAGCCUGCAGGAUGUUUUUCUUCUUUAUGCUGGGGGAGCAGGAGAGCCGUGCCCCGUGAGCACAGGCUGCUUCCUCUUCUCCUCAAGAGAGUUUCCGAUGUUCACAGGCAGGAGACAGCCAGGAUACCAGGUCAUGUCCCAGCUUCCCCUGCCUGCAGGAAGCAGUGUGCUCUGCUCGGGUGCCUGGGUUACAGCACACCCAGUUCUCUGAGCGGGAAAGAGGAGUCCAGCAGAUGAAUGGCUGCGCUGGGGGGUGGCUAAGGAGCCGCUCGCCCAGCACAGCAUCCCCAGACAGCAGCAGAGCAGCCCACCAGGAAACUUCCCGGUGGGCGCCCACUGCAGGUCGGCGCCCCAGGCAAAUGCCUUAUUCGCCUUAUGGUAGCGCUGGCCCUGUUCAUAAUGGGUAUUGUACACGCAAUAUUAUGAAGGUAGCUUGCGUGAAACAAUACAAUUUACAGCAACAAUGGCAAAAAUGUAGAUUUCUCCAGCUGUUGCAGAACUGCAGCUCAUGUGAAGCUAUACCAUAUUUUAUGUCGGUAAAUCAACAUAGAGAUGCACUUUUGCAAUAGAAGGGGAUUCUCUUUUUGGCCAUCACUAAUAUAGAUGUAUACACCAACUCUAACUUUACCAAGCUGUCUGUUUUAGGUUCUAAGUUAUUCUGCCCUUUUAUUAUAUCUUUUACAAACCUUUUAUUAUAUAAAAGCAUGGUGUUUUAUUUUAGAAAGUUUUUGAUCACUUGCACCAUGCCUCAUGUAAGUUUGCACAAACCUAAUUCAUUAAAGACUAUGGCUGCUUCAUUAAAAUGAUACUCUUGACGUACUUGUAUUGCUAUCCUAGUUAUUGUUUAUGAUGGUUUGCUUUAUCUGCAUCUAUGUUCUAAAUUUUCAAGAUAUCUAAUUAUUGGGUUGUUUUUUUUUUUCAAUCUUUUCUUCUGUCUUAAAUUCAGAACAUGGGUCAAGAAGAGCCAAAGCACUUUAGUUUUCCCUUGUCUCAGAUGAUAAGUCCGUAAACCUGUUUUUUGCCUUUUUUUUUUGUCUUUUAGCAAACAUUCAUCUAGAUGAUGAUCUGGCCGGUGGCUUCCAUUCUUGUGACAGUGAUGAUGAAGAGGAUAGGGCUUCACAUGCCAGCUCAAGUGACUGGACUCCAAAACCUUGCAUAGGUAUAAAAUUUCAAUGCCAAAUCACUUUUUUGGGAAGAGCGGUGAUGCCAAAGAAUAAGUGAAAAGUUGACAUCCACAUAACACACACAAAGAUUUAAACUGUUUUUCUGUAUACAUUUUUACUGCAUGUGGAUUCUGUACAUUAAACAUUUAUGAAUCCCUAGAGGUAAUGUGACCCCUUUUGCUGAGUAAUUCUGAGUAAUUGGCGCUGAUGAGCUCAGGGGGUUCCAUUGGAAAUUGAUCAGAGGUUGUAAUUUGCUGCAAAAGAAAAAAUUAGAGCAUAGUUUCUUUUUACAUCGCUAUAAACCAAGCUUCACAUUUCUAUGCCAGAGACUUUAGCAAUAAUUAUUUUAUAUUAAAUGGACACUAUAGGCACCCAGACAACUUCAGCUCAUUGAAGUGGUCUGGGUGCACUGUCAUAGGUCAAUAAUUAACUUUGAGGGCUAAGUUCACCUCUAGUGGUUGUCUGGACAUCGCAGCUGAAAUAAGAUAAGUGACAGGUUUUUUUUUUAACUCCUUCUGCACUAUAAGGAGCUAUAGUGGCACAAUAGUUUCCCUUUAAUAUUUUGUUUAUGAACAACACAGAAUAUUUAUCUUCUCCCCUCUCCCAAUAAGGAAGGAAAAACUCGUCAAGAGUGUGAAAAAAAUCCCAUUGGUGAAUCACUGUGUAAUACAUUUUCUAUAGUCUUGUAAUUCCUGUUAACACUUAACGGGACACUAUAGUGAGCAGAACAACUACAGCUUAUUUUGUUCUGGUGAGUAUAAUCAUUCCUUUCAGACUUUUUGCAGUAAACACUGAAUUUUUAGAGAAAAUGCAAUGUUUACAUUACAGCCUACGGAUACCUCCACUGGCCACUCCUCAUGUGGCUGCUAUAGGUGCUUCCCUCUUCAUAGAGACACUGAACUUUCCUCAUAGAGAUGCACUGAUGCAAUACAUCUCUGAGAAGAUGCUGACCGACCAGAGCUGUGUUUGGUUAAAGCUGAUCUGCCUCAUUGACAAGCUCAGGAUCCAAUGCUUUCCCAUGUGAAAGCAUUGUGAUUCACUCAGAACACCACUGCAGCAGCAUUCUGGAAUAAAGGUAACAUUUUGUUAUAUUUAGGGGGCAAGGAGAGGCUACAUGGUGGUUAUAACACUAUGGUCAGGAAUACAUGUUUGUGUUCCUUUUAGGUCAAAUAGCGGAACUGUGGAAGUGGCUGUACAAUGCAUACUCAUUAUUACAGUAUAUUACCUAGAACAUGUAGUAAAUGUUUACUGCUUUGUACUGCCACUCUGAAAGUUCCCUAGGCUAGCAAAUACUUCAAAUGUAUAAGUUCCUAAAUUCAUAUGACUUCUGUUGUUUGUUUUAUUUUCAACACGUUUGGGAAAAAUGUGUGAUGCUAUGGAAACAAAAUACACCUUAAUCUGUUUUGUUUCCUUAGUUCAGACUGCCUAUUAUUAUUAUUAUUUACUGCAUACCUGAUAUUAGAAAAUUUGUCAUGCAGGCCCGUAUACAUUCGUUCAGCGACAUCUGAUGAUGGGAACCGAUCCCAGGACAAUUCUUAAGGAUCUCCUACCCGAUUCUGUAGCACCACCAGAUCUGGAUGAUAUGACUUUAUGGCAAAUUGUUAUAAACAUACUGUCAGAUCCCCCAAAAAGGAAAAAACGUAAAGACAUCAACACUAUUGAAGAUGCUGUACGACUUCUACAGCAAAGCAAGAAAAUAAUGGUGCUUACAGGAGCUGGAGUAUGUAUAUAGUUUAUUUUAUUUUUUCAAAUAUUCAGACAAAAUUUUAAUGUGGUUUGUAAUUUAGAAGGUAAUACCUAGUAAUGGCUAACCCCUGCUACAGUACAUGAUCAUGAAAUGCAUUUCCUACGGUGCAUUGGCUGCAAGUUCAACUUGACCCAUGUAGUUCAAAACCUUUUUCAUGCAAAGUAGUGGUCGACUGACAAUGAUUUUUUUUUUGAGAUGAUACCGAUAGCCGAUAACGUACCGAUAUUCUGUACAUUUACCAUUUAAAAAACAAAACAAAAAAAAAACAAUUUCUACACAAAUCUACUGUUAACUGAACAUGUUUAUUAUUCUUUAUUUUUUUUUAUUAAGGUAAAUGCACAAAAUAUACAUGCCAGUCAGACUUUUUUUUUUUUUUUUAUGUUUUCAAGAAUGUGUGUGUGUGUGUGUAGUCCCCCCUUUGCUUCUUACCUGUCCAGGGAAGGCGGAACAUGCAGACACAGCACACUCUUACUUGCCUUCCCAGCAGCUCCCCUGUCUAACUCUCGCGGCCUUUGUGCCGCGCAGAGCGUUGCCACGGUAACCUGUGCCAAUGCUCUGACAGCCGCGGGACUCACAAGAGUUAGACAGGAAAGCUGAAGGGAGCUGCUGGGAAAGUAAGUGUGCUGGGCCCCCCAGGACCUUGGAGGUGGCCCUGGCGUGCAUUAUCGUCAAUCUCGGUAUCUUAAUUGGUCGAUACCGAUAUUGCACGUUGUGUAAAGUAAACCAUAGCACACCAUUGUCAUUAUGCAAACAUUUUUUUUUUUUUGUUACAAACUUAGCAAAAGUAAGCACUAUUAAAGUGUAUAAUAUGAAUAUAGUAUCACCACUGUGUAUAACGACCUGUCCAAAUUUAUACAAUAUAACUAACUAUAAAUGUUAACAAAAUUUAAUAUGUACAGAAGUGUGCAAAGGUCUUGCAACAUUGCCUCUCCAUGGUACUAAUGAUAUUUGCAUAGAAAUAAAACGCAUAACAAUCACAAAUAACUGAAAUGUUAUACCUAAUUAAAGGACAUUUAAUAUAGAUUUAAAAUCUGUGUUUUUUGUGUACCAUAAGUCGUUGGAGAAAAAAAAAAAAAGCAAACCUAACAAUGCUGAUCUUUUUUCACUUUUUAAAUCUCCAUUAUAUUUUUAUAUUUCCUUUAGUCUGAUUUAUAUAAUUUUAUUUUCUAUUGUUCUAUAUUGUUUAUUUCUAUUCAAAGAUGCUGAAUUUUGCACUUCUCUGUACAUACCGUAUAACUUAUCUAAUUGAGCCAGGUAAGUCGCUUUUGUAGUUCUAUGUUUUAUGCUAUGUUUAAAAAAAAAAAAAAAAUGUAACCGCUUCAAUGUAUAGUAUGUGGACAUUAUCUGAUCCUAUUUACUCUGCUUUGAUCCUAAGAAUUGAUAACACUCCUUGGUAGGAGAGAGGAAAGCUACUUCACUUUCAUCUUGGGAUAUGAUUUUUGGUUUGUUUUUUGGUUUGUUUUUUUCCUUACUUAACAAAUAAACCUAAACUUCUUUGAUAUGAGCCUAAAUAAUACUGAAUUGUCGCUGCCUGAAAAAAAUGAGUUGGCUUACUUCUUGUUCAUAGUAUUUAUUGUAUACACUCUUGCAUACUAGAAAACAGGUAAAGGUAUAGUUUAGUACUCUUGACACAAAUGUAACCUUUCUGAGAUGUAUUCUCCUAAGCUAUUUCACAGACCGAUCUUGUAAUAUUUACAUUCUGUUUGUAUGGUGCUAUGGAAUGUGCUGGCACCUUAUGAUUAUAUUUUUCUCCUUCCCUGUAGGUUUCAGUUUCCUGUGGCAUACCAGAUUUUAGAUCAAGAGAUGGAAUUUAUGCACGCCUCGCAGUAGAUUUUCCAGACCUUCCAAAUCCUCAAGCCAUGUUUGAUAUCGAAUACUUCCGGAAAGAUCCAAGACCAUUUUUUAAAUUUGCAAAGGUUUGUCUUGCCAUUUGAAAGUCAGUUUUAAACAUAAAACACAGGUAGUCUCAAUAGAACACAAAACGUCCAUGUAGGACCUUGUAGGUAACAGGGCAGGCUGUGAGUAUUACAAAAAAAUUCACCAAAUGCGUCCACUGGCUGUAUAGCUAGAAUCUACAUUUUUAUCAUAGAAUGGGGAAAUUCACUACAGAAGGAUUCAUACAACAGAAACUAUGUUUAUACACUGAAAUGAGUCUGAUUUGUCUUUUUAAAAACAACCUAUGAUGUAAAGCCUAUGCCAUAGGCCUGGUGUGGAGGGUUCUUUAGCUCGAGAUUUCAGCAGGUGGUAGAGGGGCUGUGGGAUUGCUAGUGUUUUGUUACUUUUCUUUUUACAUCAAGAAGCUGAUUAUCGAAGCAGCCACUAUUAUAGGACUCUUCCAUGUUACUAAGUUGGAGGAGAUGGUCCCAGGUGACAGGAGGGCAGUUCCUGUGAGAGAGGCAGCAAAGUGUGGCUAGAGAGAAUUGCAUUGAAUGUGCAGCAGCUUGCUGUUUCUGCCUAUAUAUGUUUUUAACGUUGACAUCCCAGCUUGAAUAAUUGGCAAGGUUUGCGUAGAAAGCUGGAAUAUGGCUCCUAGGGUGGAGCCUUAGGUUAGGUGUCAUUGGGUUUUGCUUUGGGCUCAAGUGCCCUGUGUUUGUGGAAGCUAAUACCACUGGUCAUUUCACCAGUGGAAUUCAGUGUAUUUCUGUAGUGCAUCUAUGAAUCUUGAGUAAAUAUUGACUGAGGCCCCCUGACCUCAGUAGGAUUUUUUUCUCAGGUAUAUCAGCGCACAUAAAAUACUUUAGCGAAGCAGGAGGCAUACAGGUAAAAAUAAUCCUGCAGAGCUCCGAAAUCCUUAUUGGUGGUAUAGAAGUUCUCUUAAAUUAAAUAAAUCACAUAAUUCCAUUAUUAGCUGGGUGUGAGGAUAAAAUAGCUGAUGUAUUGUGCUUAUUAUUUCUUUUUGAGAAAGAAGUUGGGAAUCCUGCCACAAUGAGUUAUGUCUAGAGCAGCAGUUUGGAAUAAAUGGGUUAUAAAUGCACCUUAUUAUUCAUAAUUGCUCCCAGGAAAGUAAUGGCUUUGGACAGCCUUGGAAAGAGUAAGUGGAAUAGGGUGGUGGAAUUGAUCUUUGCAAUGUGUGAAUAAACAAGUGAGUUCUGUUCUACUAUGCAUAAAAUAAAAAUAACCUUAACAUCUCUAAAUAAAAUGGUAAUUUGUUUUUACUUUAGUGUUUUUUGUUUUGUUUUUGUUUUCAUGGUAGAAGCUCUGUAGGUAUUUGGUCCACUUUGCCUGACAAUGCAUGGAGUGCUUAUAGCUGUCAAUCGAAUUAAAAGCUGUCAUAUCGGCUCAUCCUCCUUGUGCAAAUUAAUGCUGGAAUAUUUUGAGACCUUUUGAAUCUGUUUUGAGGGUAAUCUCCCAUGAUUAAUUUAACCUUUUACAAAUUUCUCCUGCAAUUAAGAAAUUUGGUUUAAGCAGUGUUUGAUUUUUCAGUAUGUAUUUGAAUUAACCAUUCAUCUUCAAACACAGAUUGUUCUUCGCUUCAGUCUGUGUAAGUCAUGGUUUCAAUAAUUCAAAAGCAUUGACUUUUAAAAGGGAAAUUGGGGGUAAAGCAUUGUAUUACAUAGAAAAUGCAUGAAAAAAGUGGGGGGAAAUUAAACUCAAGUUGCAUACCUUUUUAAGGGAACACUAACGCUAUAGUGUCCUAUUACACUUCGACCUGUAAAAGGUUUUACUUACUGUCUGCUCCUCCUUCAGUGACAUUCUCCUGUAGAUGUCACUUCCACUAUGAAAAACUUUGCUAAAUCUACUAAACGGCAAUAUUUUAGAUUGAAGAGCUAAAAUGACAGGGUCACUGCACCCAAACCACUUCAUUGAGAUGAAGUGGUAUGGGUGACUUUAGUAGUUCUUUAAAGUUUCCUUAUUGUUUAUUACAGGCAUAGGCAACCUUUGGCACUCCAGAUGUUGUGGACUACAUCUCCAUGAUGCUCUUGAGCAUUGUCUAUAAAAGCAUCAGACAGACUACAGGCAUACCCCACUUUUAAGUACACAAUGGGACCAGAGCAUGUAUGUAAAACGUAAAUGUACUUAAAGUGAAGCAAUACCCUUUUUCACUUCCCAAUGCAUGUACUGCAUUGCAAUAGUAAUUUACAGGCAUCACUGAUACUGUAACUGCAGAUUUCCAUUGAUUUUAUUUCCAGUGAUUUAUUUAAUGAUUUUCAGUGGGCUUUUAUUCAGUUAAAACAAACCGUAAAAAAGAAAAAUCUCAUUCCAGAUUGUACCAUUUAUCUUUAAUGUUUUACUCAUCUGACAACCUUAAACUGGCAGGAAAAGUAAAAUAAACCUGCCAACUGGGCCAUUUUCUGUCAAUACAGUGCCAAUUUGUAACCGCUUAGUUGUUUAGAAGUGCACUUGUUUAGAAACACCUCUUCAUCACUUUAAGCAUUUAUGGUUUAACUUUGAAUCCUCAGAAUUGUGGCUAAUGCAGCUAAGCUGCCAAGUCAUAUUUAUAGAAAACGGCAGGGUUAAACCCUUCACUUGAUGGCGGCAGAUUAUGGACAAUGUAUGGGCAGGAAAAAAUAUAUAUAUGUUCAACUAGGAGUAGGCAUUAUAAAUUUGAGAUGAUUAACCUGUGCCAUGUCAGAAGGUGUGAAAAGAUCUUGCCUCAAAGACACUGAACUGAGCUGCUCCGGGCGAGAAUAGAACCUUCCAUUUCCUGUUCACUCGCGGACAGAAGAGGCGCAGGAAUGUCUGUAUACGCAAGUGUACUUAAAGUGAGUGUAUGUAAAGCGGGGUAUGCCUGUAUUUAUUUAUGUAGGUUGCUGGACUUUUCCUAUGUUUUAGUCACCCCGGACCCAUUGUGUGUGUACUGUUAAAUGUUUACAUAGCGCUGACCCAAUAUCUAUCUGUUCGACUGAUAAAUGUUUUGCCUGCUCUCCUGUACUGUUGAGGAUUGCUACCAAUUAGUUGGAUUUGGUUAUGGAGCCUGUGUAGUGCCCUCUGUUGGUAGCAACAGCAAUAUGCACUACCUGAAUAGCAAGGCUGGUAAUUUGCAUAUUGCUAAUUCUGCAGAAAGAGAUAUUGUCUUCCCCAUCCCUUUAUAAAUGUCAUUGUGUUAUAAUUUACUGUAAAUUGUCUGAUUUGACUGUUUGUAUUUUUAUUGAGUUGUCACAGCAAAGAAUAUGUAAUGAUCACAUGGGUUAGUCCCAAGUAAAAUAAAGUUUUGGAUGUUGGUUCCUUUUGGAACGUGUCCUGUGUGGAUUUAUAGGAAUCCCAGUGACAGUCUUUUGGCUGUUUGCAGGAUCCCUCUAGCCCUGGGAUAAAGCUAGGCAUGGAACCGCAAGUGUCUUUUUAAAGACGAGCUAUAACACCUGCACCUAUGAUGGACACAGGGUGACUAAACAUAAGAUAAAUUCAGGGACCUACGUGAAGUGUCCGUUUUAUGCUCCAUGUGAUGGUGACUACCGUCACAUUCCCCUGGAAAAGCGGCAGGUAUCCACAGCGGAAGAGGCAGAGGGGAUGAUACUUGCCUGGAAGGAGAGCUGCUGCCUGGUCAGGUGGAAAAACUCCAGAAGGAUCCCAGUCAAGCUUCGGCAAUUGGAGCUGAAGUGUUCCAGGGUCCCUGCAAGCAGCUAGGAAGCAGACACUGGGCAGAGGUACUCUGUUGGAGUACAAGAGCUCCGUCACACCUCUGAUUUAUUAGAUUUGGCUGUAGCUUUAUGCAGGUCCUCCCUAUCCCAUAAACUCGUGGCCACCAAAGAUUAAGGGAAUAUGUUGUUUAUUCACUGUGAUUGAGCUCCUGUACUUUGACUGAGUACCUCUGCUUUCUAGACGUUUUCAAGGACCCUGGAAUGCUAAAGCUGAAACUUGACUGGGGUCUCUCAGGACCUCCUCUACCCUACCAGGCUGCAGUUGUCUGCUUCCAGGCAGUUAUCAUCCCCUUAGUCUUUUCCUCUUCAACUCCUUUGCCAGGCGUCUUAAGCCUGCUGACUUUACUUGUGGCUCUCAGGCCUAGCUCUUUAUUUUUUUAUUUGUCCCGGGCUAUAGAGACCAAGCAGCCAGCCAUCAGGUAUGACAAGUCUAUUACUGAGACCCCAGAAAAUAUCUCCACUGGACACUCAGUUACAAAAGGAAUGAGCACACUUGGCUUUAUUUUUAACUUAGGGCUAGCCCAUAUGCACAUAACUUUAAACUUGCUGUGACAAACUCAAUUUAAUACAAAUAACUAAAUCAUAUCCAUAAACACAGGAACUUAUAAUAACAUAUUUAUAAAGGGGUGGGGAAGAUAAUGAACCUGAAAUCUCUCCUGCCUGCAGAUAUCAUAAUAUGCAAAUCUGCCUGAAUAUGCUAAUUACAUUUACUAUUACUAUUCACAGUGCAUAUGGCUGUUUCAAGCUCCUUACUGCCAACAGAUGACAUUGUACUGGCUACACGGCCAAAUCCACCUAGCUGAUUGCAAGAAUCAACAGAACAGUAGAGCACCCAAAAUAUUUAACAACCACACAUUAUACACACCUGCACCUAUGAUGGACACAGGGUGACUAAACAUAAGAUAAAUUCAGGGACCUACGUGAAGUGUCCGUUUUAUGCUCCCUGUGAUGGUGACUACCGUCACAUUCCCCAGCAAGCGUUCCGCUCGUCACUUGGAAUUAGUAGAACUUCUUUGUAAAUAGCAGCCAUGCCAAAGGAAGGAAAUGGGAACUGAGCACCACAUGCAAAACCUGAAUAAAAUUAACAAAAAGUUGCCUGCUACUUUACAGUUGUUUUAUAAACCCUGCCGUUCUAAACCACCCUUCGAGAAGAGGUUAAGCCUUGAGUGCUGUAUUCACCAUCAUCUUUGCAACAAGUCGAUGCUUCUCAUAUUUUCUAAUGAAUCACUUACUGUUUAAAGUGACCUUUUUAAAGACCAAUAGAGAUGUUAUUUGUAAACUUGUUAUCCAAAAGCCAUAUUUUGCAAAGCAAAAAGCCGUGGUAAUCAAGGUUAUAAAAGUCAAAAAGAAUAAGAAUGCCUCUCUAGCAUCUUUUUCAGUAUUUUCUUCCAUACAGCAUGAUCAAAAUUUGAACGAAUUUGUAAAGGUCUGUAACUUGGCAACAGGGCCAGUAGUGCCUGUUCUGUGGAAUGACUGCUCUCGCUGUUGAUUAUGCCAAGUGCAUAUAGAGUGUUGCUCCUCGGUUUCAUGCAUAACACUGUGCGCAGCUACUCUGAAUUCUAAGAAUGCAAUGUAUAGAUGAAUUGUUAUGCUUGUUCAAAAGAGCAGAAGUACAAAUUCCACUACAGGUAUUCUCUAAGAUUAAGAUUGUUACUUUGCAAAAAGAUACAAAUUGUUGUACUCAGAAGAUAUUGAGUAUAGUUAAGAUCAUUUUAUUAUAGUGGGAUACAUGAUAUUUUAAAAUGAGCAGAAAACAAUUUGUAUAUAAAAAUGAAUACCAAAAUCCUUUACAAAAAAUGGUUUAAAAAUGGCACCUCAACAAAGCUCAAAAUAUAUCAUGUGAUACUCCUCAUAAUGUCCACUUUUGCAAAUGGAAUGCAUUUGAGUAACUGAAAUAUGUGAGCUACUAAAAUGCACCAUUAACUCAUCUUCAAUUUGGCAUUUAAAAAAAAAAAAAAAAAACUCCUAGGGGCGGAGCCUGACCAUCUACCUGAACACAUAUGCAGUGAUCUCCUCAGAUUGUGGCAGAAUUUGGGGCACAAACCCCGGCUACUCUACUUGUACAUCUUCCCACAAGAGUAAAUCAGGUCAGGGCCCCUGGGCAAGCAGUUUGCUAUCUUUCGUGUGAUUUUUUUUUUUUUUGGACAAGCCUGUUGCGACCUACUGUGAGCAAGGCUUGGGGAGAGGCAGACAAUUUUGUCACCUGCUGACUUGUAGCAGAGACCUGCAGCACUCCUAACCCCCCAUUUGGACUGGUGGGGGUCAUCCCAAUCCCCUCCGGACUGUAACCAGAAGCUGUACAUACCUCUACCACAACAUAAGAGCUGAUUCAGACACGCUCUUGAGUACUCUAAGAUUGCGAUAUCCUUGCACACCGACCCACAUGGCGCAUGCUUGGUGCAGGCGACCUGCCAAGACCCCAUAACGCUGUUUCUAAAGCAGCUUCACAAGACCUUUAGCCGAUGCUGGUUGAGACUAGAAGACAAUCUUCAACAGGGAGAACAGAGAAAAGCACACCCAGAAGCGGAGAGACCUGCUCGGGGCAACACACUCAAGAUGCAGCUUGCAAAAUCCCUUACAUACCUACCUGGGCCGAGAGCCGUCUGAGGAUUGUCCUCAUCGCAUCGACCACACAGGCAGAAGAUGGCCUGCAGACACUACCACCACCAUCUUUCGACGACCUCUUGAAGGGGAUAGAUUUGGAUAAAAGUCACAAAGUCUGUGGAAAUCAGAUGCUGGCCUGGGGCUGGAGAGGGAUCCCACUUUGGAGCGACAUCUCUUCUGGUGGAACCAGGGCACUGCCACGUAGGGGUAUCGGCUGAGAUGACCUUAAGAGCACCGACUGAAACAUCACAUCAUACUCUGGAAACUCACUUGUAUAUGCCUAUGAAAAUCACACCAUUGUUUAUUGUCCUUCUACCUCUUUCUGCGGUGGAGUGGUGUGGCAAUGUAUUUAGUCCUGGAGGUUAUACUCUCGGUGUAAUUCUUAGCAUGUAGCUCCACAUUCCUUACUUUAAUAUACAGCAUAUGUCUCUUAUAUGUUCCCUAAGAAUAGUGAGACUCAUACUGUUGUCUUAACUAACUUACCUGAUCUCAUCCUAUCUCUUUGCAUGUUUAUUUGAUAUACCUUGUUUCUUCUACUUUACCUGUACGUUAAAAACUCUAUAUUCUAGCCUGACCUUUUCGAAUUUAAAAAAAAAACAAAUUGUGCUGUCACUCUGUAUGCCAUGCUGCUGUUUUAUAUUAUCAGUGGGAUUGUUAUAGCUGUUGUGGCUUUACAAGCAUGUUGUUAUAACUUGCACAUCAAAAUAAAGAAUAAAACCAAUAAAUAAAACUCCAAUGGGCAAGUUAUAAAUACAGCUCAGUAUUUUCACACACAAAAACUUGACAAGGGUAUACUAAGAGUGUCAUUCUGUACUCCAAAGAUAUAGCACAAUUUAGUGUCUCUCUCUCUCUCUCUCUCACACACACAGUAACAAAUAUUAAGUUUACAUAAUAUACUACUAAAUUGCAAUGUGCAUGUAAAAUAAAAAGCGAACAUAAAAUACCAUAAACUUUGAAAGAAAUUGGUGAUAAAUGGCUGUAUAAGGCACAAAACCUAAAAAUAUUUAUUCUGCACUAUCCUAAAUCCUUAUAGUUUUUAUUGUAUGCAAUUAGGCUGAUGUUUACUAUAGUCCUUGCUACCGCCCAGGAGUAAUGGGAGUUUGAGCAUAGGGCUUAAUUUUGUAUGUUUGUAGGGCUCAAAACAUACCAUAUGAUAGACGCCACAAUGUCUAAUUUUCAUAAAUGGUAUGCCUUUAUGGGGUAAUUUUAACUAUCGAAUUACUACAAUGCCCCAAAAUGUGGAAUAGGCCUGUCAAAUUUAUUUAACAAAAUUCUAAAUGUAAAAACUGAAAUCAGGUCCCUUAUAUGGCAAAGGUUAAAGGAUCUUAACAUGUAUAGCUUGGAGGAAAGACGAGACAACACUGUAAAGGAGGAGACUAUAUUUAAAAGAAGAAAAACUACCACAUAGUCUUAAAUUAGAGGGGAAAAGGUUUAAAAAUAACAUCAAGAAGUAUUACUUUACUGAAAGGGUAGUGGAUGCAUGGAAUAGUCUUCCAGCUGGAAGUGGUAGAGGUUAACACAGUAACGGAGUUAAGCAUGUGUGGGAUAGGCAUAAAGCUAUCUUAGCUAUAAGAACAGGCCAGGGACUAAUGAAAGUAUUUAGAAAAUUGGGCAGACUAGAUGGGCCGACUGGUUCUUAUCUGCCGCCACAUUCAAUGUUAAGUGCCAAAGGAAUAUAAUGGGGGUAUUGUUUUAUUCAGAAGAGUUUAUAUAUUCUAUAAACCGGAAGGAAGAUCUAAUAUAUUUCACUUUGUGGCCUGUUACAGCACAGAAUUUGAUUUGAAUAUAUUUAUUUGUUGUCAAAUGGGAGAAUUUAAGUUUGGUGUUUUUAUUAGUUUAUUUUUGUACCUUUUCAUUUAUGCUUCCCAAGUCCUAAAUUAAAUUCUAUAAGAAUUGAAUUGCUAAUGACCAUGCAUGCUUCAUAGCCAUUUUAUAAACCCUUUAAAGUGAUUUAAUAUUGGUAAUCCUUCUGGUUUGCUAUGCAGGGUGAAUUAUUUAGAUUGGUUUUAGAUUGACCGAGCAAUCAUUUUCAUCUUACUCUUUAAAUAUUAUUACAGUGUAGCUGUUUGGUAGUAAUCAGAUUGGUAGCAUCCAAUGACUUCUUGUAUCGCAGAUAAGUUGAAGUCAUUUUGGUAAAAUGUAUCCAGGCAAGAUUAGUGGAGCUGCUAAACCUUUAUGGUACCUAUCAUUCUUCAUCUUUCCUGUCCAGAAGACGUUAUUUCAAUGCUGUGCUUUUAAUGUUGGCCCAUAUUUGGCAGGCAAAUGCUUUAUCUAGAACCACCUGUAGUUUUGUUGUGUGUGUGUGUGUGUGUCCAACACAAAUGUAAAACCUGGCCACGAAACAGCUGAUUACCUGUUUGUCCAUUUAUUAUCCUCUACUCAAGUAAAGGAACAAUUUACAAAAAACAAUAAAUCUCAAAAUUAUAAACAUUUUAUAUAUCCAUCGAACCUUGUAAUGUUAGUAAUUUCAUUUCAGAUUCCAGUGGGUUAAAAUUCAAACACGAAAUAAAUUAAUUUGUGUAAUUUUUCAAAUCUCUAUGGACUGCAUUGUAUGUAAUGGUUUUUACCUUCUGAUAAUCGCUUUAUUUUUGUGUCUUUACAGGAAAUUUUCCCUGGACAGUUUCAGCCAUCUCUCUGUCACAAGUUUAUCGCCAUGUUGGAUAAGGAGGAAAAACUCCUCCGAAAUUAUACCCAAAAUAUAGAUACACUGGAACAAGUUGCAGGAAUUGAAAGAAUUAUACAGUGUCACGGUGGGUAUUUUAAUUCUUACACACUGUAGAAAAUACAACUGUGAUUUUUUUUUUUGAUUUUUUACUUCUUUGCUGCACCCCGAGUAUAUAGUUCCCCUGGAUUUCUCAUAUCUGGGAUUGAUUGUAUGGAUUUUGGCAGGGCUCAAAAUUUCCACUCUUCGCUUGCGAUUUGCCAUUAAGUAGAAAUUCACCCGUGGUGAGUGUGCAUCAACCCUCAAGACUUGCAGUGGCAAAUGCAUUUUAGAAUUUUGAACCCUAGAACCCUGGAUUAUGAGUCUUUUAUUUUGUAUUUUGCGUGGUGAAUGGGUGUGUUGUGACGUUUGCUAGUACUGCAGCACUAACACAGAGUGGACAUUCUGGUAGGUCGAUUUAAUUAUUUAUUUUUUUUUCAUAUAUAAUUUAUAUAAUUAUUUUUCUCCCAAUGUCAAGGAAUUGGUGCAAUGCAACUUGACUUUCACAACUGUAGAUCUCCAUUAACUAGCACCAAGCCUUGAGCUAUGGCAAUAAUUGUACUGGAUAUAUAAAUUGCUUGGCUACAUAGGAGUUUAAGAACUUGUCAAUGAAACUAUUUUCGAUAUUGACACUAUUGGAAGCUGUUGGUAACCUGGCUUCAUAGUGGGGCACUUUGCAAUGAUGUAGUGAUUUGUAAUCUGGAACAAGUGUUCUCUGUAUUAGACCAUUGAUUAAACAAAUCUACAUUGUAAUAUCCUGUAUCACAAGAAAAAUAAAACGCAUUUCUCAUUUUCAUAUAUCUGGGGAAAAAGCAUAUAGUGCUUAAUAUGAAUUUUGUGCCUCUUACCAAAGAACCUACCAUAUGUUUUGAAUUAAAUACAUAUACUUUUAUUUUAGGAUCUUUUGCUAUGGCAUCUUGUCUAAUAUGUAAAUACAAGGUUGACUGUGAAGCUGUCCGAGAAGACAUUUUCAAUCAGGUAAAAACACUUUCAAUUAUUUUGUAGAAUAAUAAAUUUUUCUCAAAUGUAUAGCUUUGAAAAUAAAUAAAGCCCUUCCUUUCAAUUUUAGCUGCUUAAUAUUCAAGACAAGAUAUUCAAAAUACAGUAUAGUAAAAUCAUUAAUAGGAAACAAGUAUUUUUGCUCAUGACUAUAACAAUUUCUAUAUGUCCUAUACUAAGAAUUUGCAUCUACCCCAUUUACAAACCACUCUUUUAUUUUUGAUAUUUUAACUUUAAAUAUGUUGCUAACUUUUUAUUUUAUAGAUUGUUCCAAGAUGCCCAAGGUGUUCAGCAGAUGAGCCUCUUGCCAUUAUGAAACCUGAUAUUGUGUUUUUUGGUGAAAAUUUACCAGAGCAGUUCCACCGAGCCAUGAAAUACGACAAAAACGAGGUUGAUCUCCUUAUUGUUAUUGGAUCUUCAUUGAAAGUAAGGCCGGUCGCUUUAAUACCAAGUAAGUAUUGUUGCGUAUUCAUGAGUCACACUCGGAUAAUUCACUAUAACAACAUUUCACACUAUAACAUACAUAAGUAACACAUAUGAAAGAAUUGUUACUAUGAAUAAUGGGACAAAAAAAAUCUAAUUCUGAGACUGGUCAUAAAUACGUUAUAUAUUUAUGUACUAACAUCAUAUCAGCAUCUUGGAUUACCCCUAUAUUGAUCAUCUGGAGAAAGAAAUAUAAAAAAUACGCCCUCCUAAACCUUUUUAAGCCAGUGAUAUUGUCUAAAUGGGUUAAGUCCUAACAUUUGGUUGAUUUGAUGUGGUAAGCUAUUUCCAAGACAGAAGCUAUUUGCUAUGCAAGGUCUGUGGUAUAUUCACUGUAGUAUUUUAUGCUUCGGUAGGCUUAAAGCUGCUCUGUCAUUUAUUUUACUUUUUUUUCCCAUUUCUUUCAUUUUUCCUUUCAUUAUUCUUUGUAUCCUAAUGAUUACACUUCUAUCUUUGCCCUUUUUUUUUAAUCUUUAUCUUUACUUCCUCUUGCUGGAUCUUAAUACUGGCCCCAGUGGGGCAUCAGACAACAUGGGGGUUAAAGAAUAAUCAAUGCCGUAGACUGGCCGCCUCCAUUUUGUUAUCCUCUGUCCAGGAAUUCUGCAGUCUUCUCUUCUGUGGGAUUCUUUUAACUGAUGGCUUGUGGGUAAAAUAACUGAAAUUUAACUUCUCCUCCGAUUGCCAAAUUUUGCCAAUUAUCAUGCUCCCCAUGAGCAAAAGUAGUCUCUGCUUUUUCUUAUGCAUAACUAAAACUGAAAAAUUAGACAAAUAAUUUAAAAGCAAAACCUUCAAAGUAACAGCCGCUUUAACACGUAGAUGCCCAAUCAUUAAAAAAAAAAAACUGUUUAAUUACUAACCUAAGUUAGAAACCUAUUUUUGCAAUUCCAGUGUUUAAGCACUUUCAAGCAAAAAAAAAAAAUCUGUAUCAAAAUAUUGAAGAGGAAAAAAAAAAAUUCAGAAUAUAAAAUCAUUUUCAAAUUGUAUCUAAUAUUAAAUUAUAUCUAAAGCUUAUCGAACAAUGUUAAAAAGAGGCCAAAUUUGGAUGGAAAAAACAGGGGCUGCCGACUAUUCAGCUAAACUGAAUGGGCUGCACUCAAAGACAAUGUAAUGUAACAAACUGUUAUAGCAGCUAAAUGACAAAGUAUUUAGGACGAAAGGUUAGAUAACAUUGUGUAUUGUUGCAUAUAAUUUAUUUUCUUUUUUAUUUUAGGUUCAAUCCCUCAUGAAGUGCCUCAGAUUUUAAUAAAUAGAGAGCCAUUGCCUCAUCUUCAUUUUGAUAUAGAACUGCUUGGGGAUUGUGAUGUUGUUAUAAAUGAGUUGUGUGAGAGACUAGAUGGCAAAUACAAACAACUUUGUUCGAGUUCUUUAAAACUUUCACAAAUCACAGAAAAGCCUACUCGUCCUAACAAGAUGCUUCCUGUUCUACCAGAGACUCUUCUAUCUUCUUCCUUACACACGGGGUGUGAUUCAGGCAACUUGCUCCAACCUGAUCCCUCACUGACUGAACCCAAUAAUAACUGCAAAUCAUCAGAACCCGACAAGACCAUGGAAUGUUCAAAAGGCUGUGUUGUUGAAAAUACUGAAACACUUAAUGAAGAGAAUACAGAAAGUCAAGGCACUCUUUCACAAUCUGAACUUUCUGAUUCCACUGAACAAGAAAUGCAGCCUAGCAAGGAGGGGCAACCCGAAAAGUCUGAAAAAGAAAGUAGUGAUCCAUCCAAGAAGACGGUGGUAAACAAACUAGCAAAAGAGCAGAUAAGCAAGCGCCUUGAUGGUAAGACUGGUUUGAUUACAAAACUGAACACAUAAUUGUAUUUAUUGUUUGUAUUAUUCUUCAGCAGGCUGGGAAAGCAUUUGUUUACCAUGCUUUGCUCAAAAACUGUUCUAGAGGGGACCAACAGCACCACCAGCCUGCUGAAGAACAUCUUCAUAGUUGGACCUCUAGCUGGUUCAGCUAUAGAGGUUCUGUAUUUUAGAACUCAGUUGUCAGAUCUCUGGGCCCAAUGCCUUUUUUUCCAGGCAGAAGGUAACGGAAUAUACCUCUGCACACUACUUGCCUCUUUGGAUUACUCUCUCAUACUACUUCAACCAACAUAAAAUUAUGUGAUCAAGAUCUGACAGUGUUCCAGAGUUAUGAAUGGACGUGUGGAAGUUCCAGAAUAUAAUCCUGUGUAAGCGACACUAUUUUAUUUGUUUAAUAUUUUUGUAGUAGGACUGCAACAUUCUCUCUACAGACUAAUGGAUUGUCCUGAAAUAUUGAUUAGAAUUGGAAUGUGAAAUGAGAAAUAAUCACUACAAACAAAACUUUGCUCUAUAUUUUUAUUCAUCUUCCUCAAAAUACUGUAGCUUGAUCAAUUUAAUGUGUGUGCUAGAACUUUCAAAUGUCAGGUUAAAUUGAAUAACCCAUAGUUUUAUACACCCAUUUAAAAUAAUUACAUUAUUAUGUAUCCAAACUGCUACAAAUGCUCAUUCAGGUUUGUGUUUUUGAAUAUGUUCUGCUUCUAAAACCUGUCUGAUUUUGUUGUAUUAAGUUUUCUUAGAUUUGUUUAGUAUCUGGUGGCUGACAGUCCUAAGACCUGCAGUUCAGAAAUAAAUGGUUAGACUGAAAUUUUGGCACAGUAGAUCAAAAACCUUUCCUCUAGGUUGCGUAGAAACAGCAGUGAUCAUUGUGUGUGUGUACAAUGUAACUUUUAAAGCUUUAUUAUGUGCAACGGAAGCAAAGAUUAAUACCAACUUUUUUACAUAUUUAAAGAGGAAACUAAAUAUUUUAAACUGUAGAUUCUCUUGCUAAUGGCCCCCACGUGUGCUUUUUAAAAAAAACUAUUACUGAUUGGCCAGUUUCUGUGCAUUUGUAAAUUAGUCCCUUCUUAAUUCUCUAGUGAGAAUGUGCAAAUUUUGUUUUACCGGGUCAUUAUAGUCACCAGAACAACUACAGCUUAAUGCAGCAUUUUGCCCCGCAUGCACAAUAGCCUCCCGGUGCUUUUCUAUGGGAAAGCAUUGGAUUGGCUGAGAUAGUCAGAUUUGAUAAUUGCAGCCAUCCUCAACGAAACCUGUGCAGUGCUGGGGGAAAAAAGGAUUUAUUUAUUUUUAGAAGAGGGGGGAGGAGUGAGGCCAGCCCACCUAAACUGCAGUUUUACAACUAUAGAGUCAAAAAUACAUGUUUGUAUUCCUAACGCAUAGUGUUUCUUUAAAGAUCUAAUUGAUGGUCAGAAGUGAGGUAAAUAUCUUUUAACUGUGUGAGCAUUGUGGUUGGCUAGCAAACAAAUUGUGUUUUAAAAAAAUAAUAAUAAAAUAAUCCGUGAGCUUUAACCCCUUUACGGCGUUCUAUGCCGUCCCAAUUAUAAUGGGCUUUAAAGCCGUUGCGGCGGCAUUGACUUUUUAACCCCAGGAUCGCUGCAGUACUUUCCUCCACUGCGAUCCGCUUUGGGAGGACUGCCUGACAAAUCCAGCCCCCGGGGGCCAUGUGAUCAAUCUGAUAUAUCUUGUAUAUAUGUAACAUCAUACGUAGUGUAUUUUUAACAUUAAGAACAUAUAUUAGUAUUAAAAUACUAGUAUGAAGAUAUAUAUAGAGAGAGAGAGAGAGAAAUAAAAUAAAAUAAAUGAAAACAAAUUUUUUGAAAAUUUACAUAUACAUAUGUCAUUUCAUUCUAACUGUAUUUUGGGGGGUGUGUGUAUGUGUAUAUAUAUGUGUGUGUAUAUAUACACACACACACAAAUUUGGAACAAAAUACACUUAGAAUGACAUUCUAUAUAUUAAAUAUAUAUAUAUAUAUUACAUAAGUAUACAUGUAGAAUUUAAAUACAUAUGUAUAUAUUAAAAUUCUGCGUGUAUACUUACAUAAUCUUUUAACAUAAUUAUGCGAUUUUAUUAAUUCAAAUUUGAUUGACGUGCCUGACAACCCAGGCAGAAAGUGCAGAGAAUUUAAUUUGCAAGCACUAUGUUUAACCCUUUAACUUUCCAAGACACCAUAAAACCUGUACAUAGGGGGUACUGUUUUACUCGGUAGACUUUGCUGAACACAAAUAUUAGUGUUUCAAAUGGUAAAUUGUAUUACAACAAUGAUAUUUUCAGUAAUAGUGAAGUUUUUUGCAUUUUUUUUUUUUUUUUUUACACAUGAACAGCACUUUUUACUGGCGAUAUUAUUGUUAUACAUUUUACUGUUUUAAAACACUAAUGUUUGAGUUCAGUGAAGUCUCCCAAGGAUAACAGUACCCCCCAUGUACAGGUUUUGUGGUGUUUUGAAAAGUUAGAGUCAAAUAUAAGGAUUGCAUUUCAUUUUUUUUCACAUUGAAAUUUGCCAGUUUGGUAAUGUUGCCUUUAAGACUGUUUGUGACUAAGAGGCUACUAUAAAAGACUGGACAUGCCCACUUGCAACACAUUGGGUUGUCUACUUUUGCAAAUAGUAUGCCAUCAUGGGGGUAAUUCUCAUUCCUUGGCUACCACACUGUCUCAAAGAUAACAUUACUAAACUGGCAAAUUUCAAUGUGAAAGAAAUUAAAAAUGUAAUGUUAUAUUUAACCCUGUAACUUUCCAAAACACCAUAAAACCUGUAUGUGGGGGGUACUGUUGUAAUCGUGAGACAUUGCUGAAUACAAAUAUAUGCAUUAAAUGUUUUUUUUGUUUAUAUGUAUUUGUGUGUUUUAUAUACAUUUUAUAUUUUCUUUUUAUUUUCAGGUACACAAUAUUUAUUUUUAUCGCCGAAUCGCUACAUUUUCCAUGGGGCAGAGGUUUUUUCAGAUUCUGAUGACGAUUUGUCAUCCAGUUCUUGUGGAACAAAUAGUGACAGUGAAUCUUUACACAGCCCGAGUUUACAAGAGCCGGUCGAAGAAGAAAGUGAGAAUGAAGAUUUCUACCAUGUUAAAUACGAUAAUGACUCUGAUACAGAAAAUAGGGUAGGCUUCGAAGAUGAGGCCGGAACAGUUGUCAUUUAUGAUGACGAUUUAGCUAAUGGUGGUUCGUCUGAAAAGGUAUAAUAAACACUUUCCUUGACCUGUUUUGUGCUUGAGAGUUGGCACUCUGUGGUACAUAGUCUCUGGCACUCUAAAAGUUAUGUUCCAUUAACACCAGCAUUAAACAAAUUUUAAACCUGGAGAUACAAAGCAUGUAAAAAUUUUGAAAUAAGCGCAUGCGAAAAAAGUUAUUUAAAAAAAAAACGUCCAAGAACAGAUUGUUAUAAGAAUUAUUUGUUUUGUUUAAAGGAAGAUUUUCUAUUGACACUAAACCAUUCUGUCAUUAUUUUUGUAUCGUUCUGCUUGCUUUUUUUUUUUUUUCUUCACAGUGCUUUCUGGUAAAAAUGCAGAUACAGUAUUGUGGUUUUUAAUUUAUGCAUAGUUAAAUGUUUAUUUUCAUUCAAAGUUUCUUGUACAAGGUAUUUAAAAUUGAGGUUCAUAUUAAAGGAAACAGCUAUUACAGGCCAAAGACAAAGUAUGUCUUUUUUUUUUUUUUUUUCUCUUUUCUAACAGGAUAUCACACUGUGAUAGAACACAUUUUUACAUAUAUAUUUUUUUUUUUUUUUUCUUGUUCUUCCAUUUUCUUGGGGUUUAUUUUUUUUUUGUAUUUUACACCUUCUACAUUUUCUAAUUCACUAUUUGAAUUGGGUUUUAUUUUUUAUUUUAUAAUCUGUGUAGUAUGAGUAUUAAAAAUAUAACAUGAUAUUUGCUAAGAUGUUUCAUGAUUUUCUGCCCUUUUGAUAGACUGGUAUCCAUAUGCCUCAUCAAUACAAUUUUUAAAAGCGUAAACAAUAUGAUUAUAUAUAAAUAAAUGUAUGUGUUUCCUUAAUGUCAAUGUGAUGCAACUCUGGUAUAAGGAAAUUAAAUUGAAAUGUCAACUUUUUUUGUUUAUUUGAGAAAACGUGCCUAAUUUAUUUUUAUUUUGGUUUAGAUUGUCUUUGUGGGUGGAAACCAGUGUUUUGUGGUAGAAUUUGGCUCUGUUUUCAUUUCAAUGAAAAUUCUAUCAUGAUAUUAAUAUGCAAUUUUCUUGUAGUAAAUGUUGAUAUAUUUUUAAUGUUUUGUAAUUGUUAUUUAUAUGUUCCAUUAUUUUCGUGUACAGUAUUACAUUUGAAACCUUCAUUUCUUUAGGACAUUUUAUUCUUUUGCAAAAUAUAGCUCACCGACUAAAUAUUUUUUUUUUUUUUUUAUCUAGAAGAAAAGCUACAAAGUUUUAUUAACUGUCAUAAUAUAUUCAAAUUCUUCUAAACCAUAUAAAAAUGUAUCCUCAUUUUGUAUGGUUUUUCUUUAACGUGAAAAGCAUGAUUUUUAA